AUGGCAACGGCGUUGGAUAGAGACGCUGGACGCCGCAGGGUUGGGGGUGGCUGGGGUCUGGGGCUGUGUGUGGACAGUAUGGUCAAUGGUGGUAUACUGAAACUAGGUCUGCACAGCGUGGAAUGGGUGGAGACGUUGUUCUAUAGAAACCCAAUUUUUGUGUUACGCGAUGAUGUGAAGUAUGAUUCAUUUGUUAUUAGCUGUGACGAAGAUUUGCAGGUUUUGUUCCAUUAUCGUCGUCAGUUUCCCAAGGUGAGGACUCCAAAACUGUUGGCAAAGCUUGUGGAUGUAGUAUCUAGUUCUGAAGGAGUUGGUGAGGCUGGACCGUUGGGGGAGGUUGCAAUUGCGAUGCCCCAUUCUCCUACGAUUGUCUCGGUUUUUGGAGAGGUUGGAGUACCCGAUGGGGUUGAGGAUGCACUGCAUGAUGAUGAUGAUAAUGAUGUGGAGCCCGCCACGAUAGCUGAUGAUAGUGACGAUGAGACACCACGGAUGACUCCAGUUGUGGGUGGGGGAGCAUCUAGUUCAGAUAUAGAGGAAGUCGUGUUAAGUAUGAAGACUUAUAGCAUUCGUCGUGGGGUUAAGUACAAGGUAUUGGAAUCUGAUUAUUGCAAGUACUAUGGCAAGUGCAAGGAAUUUGGCAGCGGGUGCGCAUGCCUCAUUCGGGUUAGCCUCCACCAGCGCAAAUGCAUUUGGGAGGUAAAACGGUACAAUGGUCCUUACACUUGUCUAGCCAUAUCGAUAUCUAGUGAUCACAGAAAGCUUGAUUAUCAUGUCAUAUCGGCCUUCAUACUGCCCAUGAUUAGAGAUGAUGCUGCUGUCUCGAUCAAGGUACUGCAGAAUGCCACGGAGGCACACUUCGGGUUUAGACCAACUUACAGGAGGGUUUGGAUGGCUAAACAGAAGUCCAUGACUUAG